UGUAAAAAGAAAAGAAAAAAAAAAAAACCGCUUCACAAUGGGCCCUCCCAACCCCAAGCUCUCGAAAAAGGCCAUCAAGGAGCGCGACGCCAAAAAAGAAAAAGCGAAAGGAAAAGGACAAGAAAAGAAGAAACUCGCCCCGACGCAGGCCAAACCACGACCCUCCACCGACCCGAUCAUCAACCUCUCCACCACCCUUCCGCUUACUCUGCAACAACUGCUGCUGAAUGUCUUCAAGUCGGCUCUGCUUACGAACGGGCGCAGUUAUUUGAUUGAUCAUAGUAGAGGGUCUGGGGGGAAGACUGUCGGGGGUGAAGCUGCGGAUAGUGUCGAUCAUCAGGAUGAGAAGGAGCAGGAGCAGCAAAAUGAUGACAAUGACAAUGAUGAUGAUGAUGAUGAUGAUGAUGAAGGACAACUAGACACCAAAACCCUCAUCCAAACCAUCAAAUCCCAUCUCUACAACCGGGACUUCGACUCCGCGUUCACCGAUGCCAGUGAGGAUCUACUCCGCGCGUAUGCCCUCCGGUGGAGCGCAUCUCGUGCGCUGGGCUACGCGGGCAUCUUCCGCGCUUUGCUGAAGCUUUUACCUAGGAAGGAUGCCGGAGCUGCUGCUGCUUCUGCUGGCUCUGCUAGUGCUUCGAGCCAUGUCGUUUGUAUUGGGGGCGGUGCUGGCGCGGAGAUUGUUGCGUUGGCGGCCGCGUGGAGGGAUUGGGUGGGGAGGAAGAAGACGGGGGGAGUAGCAUCUGCAGCUGCUGGAGAUGGAGUGACGGGGCUGGAGGAUGGGGUUGCGGCGGGGCGGUUGAGUGAGGGUGGUGGUGGUGUUGGUGGUCGUUCUGGAGAAGAGCAAAAGCAGUCCGUUGACACGAUUCAUCGUCCCGAUCUCUCCGUCACGGCGGUGGAUAUCGCAGACUGGUCGAGCGUGGUGGAACGACUGGCGGGCGCGACUGCGUCGUCCGCCGUGCCGGCGCCGAUGGCGCAUCCGGCGCCGUUGUAUCGCGACAGCGAGGCGGGCUUCCGGGUCGAUUUCAAGCGGUUGGAUGUUCUGUCUGCGGCGGAGAAAGAGAUGGAGGAGUUGUUUGUGUCGUCGGCAGAGAUAUCCACCAAUACUGCCCUGGUGACUCUCAUGUUCACGUUGAAUGAGCUCUUCUCGACGUCCAUGGCGAAGACGACGGGGUUCCUGCUGCGGAUGACGGAUCUGCUGCAGCCCGGGACGGUGCUUUUGGUGGUGGAUAGUCCGGGCAGUUAUUCGACGCUGAAGCUGGGGAAGAGUGGCGAUGAGGAGGGCGUCAAGGAGAGGCAGUAUCCCAUGAAGUUCCUGCUCGAUCAUACCCUGUUGUCCGUGGCGGCGGGGAAGUGGGAGAGGUUGCUGUCGGAGGAUUCGAGGUGGUGGAGACGCGAUGCCGCGAGGUUGAAGUAUGAGGUUGGGGAGGGGGCCGGGUUGGAGGAUAUGAGGUUUCAGGUUCAUAUCUAUCGGAGGUUGGGG